AUGUAUGUAGCCGACGCAUUGUCCCGGGCACCAGAAGACUGUCACUCUCAGAGCUGCGUCGAAAUCUACAAAAUCGACAAAGAAUUCAGGCAAUUGAACAACAUUAAUGACAUCGAAGAUAAACCCAUUAGUACCACAACAACGAAAAAGUUACAACAAGCAACAGCCAAAGACAACGUUAUGCAAAUUUUAAUAAAGACGAUUAAAGCCGGUUGUAACGAGGACAAGUCAAAAGUGAACGACAACAUCAAAAAAUAUUGGAAAGUAAGAGACGAGUUAGUCACAAACAAUAAUUUGGUUUUUAAAGGUAAUCGACUUAUAGUACCACAACAAAUGAGACGAGAAAUAUUGAACAAACUACACCAUCCACACCUAGGCAUCGAAUCAACACUAAAACUGGCAAGAGAAACCGUUUAUUGGAUAGGUAUUACCGAUGAAAUCAAACAGAUGAUCCAAGCCUGCGAAAUAUGCAAUGUAGCUGCAAGACAACAGCAACGAGAACCACUAAUAAUUCCCGAGAUUCCCUGCACUCCAUUCGAAAUCAUUUCCAUGGACGUCUUCGAGUUUCCGACAAAAAAUAAAACAGAAUAUUUUCUAAUCACCGUGGAUCACUAUUCAGCCUUUUUUGAAAUCGACGAGUUAGAUAAUUUGUCAGCCACUACUACUAUAAACGUAUGCAGAAAGAAUUUUAGUAGACAUGGUGUACCCGGCAAAGUCAUUACAGAUAAUGGGACCAACUUCAUGAACUCAGAGUUCAGGAAAUUCACAGACAAAUGGGAAUUCAAUCAUCAAACGUCAAGCCCACAUCACCAACAAGCUCAUGGGAAAGCGGAAGCAGCUGUAAAGAUCGCGAAACACCUGUUGAAAAAGACCUUAGCCACAAACUCGGACUUCUACAAA